AUGGGUUCUAAUCCUCCAAAGUUAAGUGAAAAGGCUAAGAAGGAAGAAUUGUCGACAUCUGGAUCUUCCUCGAGCUCUUCCAGUUCUAGUUCCUCGAGUUCUAGUUCUAGUUCUAGUUCUAGUUCUAGUUCUAGUUCUAGUUCCAGUUCUAGUUCCAGUUCUAGUUCCAGUUCUAGUUCCAGUUCCAGUUCCAGUUCCAGUUCCAGUUCCAGUUCCAGUUCUAGUUCAUCAAGUGACUCAGAUUCAAGUUCCAGCUCUUCAAGUUCUUCCAGUUCCUCUAGUUCUUCCAGUUCUUCCAGUUCUAACUCUUCUGAUUCUAGCUCUUCUGAUUCUAGCUCUAGUUCUUCAAGUGACUCAACUUCAGACUCCAGUUCCAGCUCUUCAAGUGACUCAGAUUCAGACUCCAGUUCCAGCUCUUCCAGUUCUUCUGGUUCUUCAAGUUCGUCGAGUGAUUCCGACUCUGAUUCGAGCUCUUCCAGUUCCUCCAGUUCAAGCUCAUCAAGUUCUUCUAGCUCAUCAGAUUCAAGUGGUUCAGACUCUGACUCGAGUUCCUCAAGCUCAAGCGAAUCUGAAAACGAAGAUAAGGACUCUAAGAAGAGAGCUAUCGAGGACGAAACAACUAAAGAAAGUGACAAGAAACAGAAAACGGAGCAAGCAUCUGAUAAUUCUUCCGAGGCUACAACUUCUGUCUCAGAAUGUAAUAAGCGUGAGAAACUAAAAAUUUCAGCAGGCACAGAUGAACUGAAAGAAGGUCAAAGAAACCAUUUUUCCAGAAUUGAAAGAGAGAAAAUUAGUUUUGAGUCUUGGGAUUUGACUGAUAACACAUACAAAGGUGCUGCUGGUACUUGGGGUGAAAUGGCGAAUGAAAAGUUGGGCAGAGUAAGAGGUAAAGACUUUACUAAAAAUAAAAAUAAAAUGAAGAGAGGUUCUUACAGAGGUGGUUCAAUCACUCUAGAAACUGGUUCUUACAAAUUUACUGAUUAG